AUGUUAGAUCCCGAAGCUAUCUCGGUAGAAACAACUGCUGUUCAACUUGUUGAGGAGUUGCAUAGACUGGCACAACUAUGUCGAAUGACCGAUGCCAGGCCUUAUCGAGAAACCGAGCCAGUUUACUCAAUCGACGAGCUAAACGCUCGAGAAGCUCUCUUAAUCCAGCUAGAAAUGAGCCUUUUGCCUUCACUGCGACAGCAACUCCUCAAUUUGCUAGGAUCAUUAGACCUUCGCGCCCUCCCAACAGCUCCAGAACCAAACUUCAAGGAUGCCUUGGAGAUCACAUCGAACCUCCACCCCAGCAUAAUGCAAAUCAAAAAAAAUAUUGAAUCCCUCGCUCCAUGGCGUUACUUGCUAGCCCCAGCCAGGAACGACUCUACUCACGGCCCUCUCAAGCAAGCUAGAUGCGAUUGUCUCAUUGAGAAUUUCCUUGAACUGGUGAACGUCAAAAUACGUCACUUGAUCCAAGCUUAUCUCCAUUUUGAUAGCAGAGGAAUGUUUUCAGCCGAGGACCGGGAUCAAGUCAUUGAGGCUACGGAUUCAUGCGUCCAGGCUGUCGAUGCCAUGAUUAGAUUUUCCAAAAAAAACGACCUUGAUAUCAUCCAAGAGCAUUGGCAAAAGUCACUGCAGUCACUCGACGAGCUUCUGACGGACGUGACCUUCCGAAUCAAUUUUUCGAAUUCCUUGGGGCAAGGAAGAUCCCAAAUCGAUCCAGCUGAAUACACCCCUGCCCGACCUGGCUGGGUGCCUCGAUCUCAAUUGAUACCCCUCAAGUUAGAGGUAGUCCAUCUAUUCGAGUUGGCUGUUCCGUUGAUCAAGCUAGCCCGAAUAUUCUUUAGGAGAAUAGUGAUAACCCCAAGUGGCAAACCAAUGUUCUCACUCGAUCCUCGCAUAUGCUCUCUUGAUAUCCAUAAAUUAGAUAGACGGGUAUCCUCUUUCUACGAAUCAAUCGAGCAUGUUAUGGAGAUUUUGUAUGCUCUGAACGAUGAAGAUGACGAACAUAAUCGAAGGCAAACCCUUGGGAGCUGGUCCUGCAUACCUGAAGACCGCUUGAAUUCAUGUCUAGUCUCAUUAGCCAUGCACAUCCCUGAAGUCCGAAUUCGAUGA